CAGUGUUUCCGGUAUUCAUGAAUGCUUCGGUAAAGGAGCGCGGUUCCUGAAGAAAUACAGGAGUAGUGACCGCCUCGUCUAGUAGUUGUCGACCCACUAAAUAUUCUGCAGAUUGCAGAAUAAAAAACGACUCGGAUUUCCUUCUCCUCUCUGCUCGACGAUUUACAAGCGCCUGGAGUCUGAUCUCGGUGUAGCUCCGCCGACCUUAUCGUUACAGGAUCUUACAAACAACAGUCCGUUAGCUUAAGUAGCGAGCUAGCAGCUAGCAGCCAUGUCGGGUGUUGUGCGAGGCCCCGCUGGGAACAACGACUGCCGAAUUUAUGUGGGAAACCUCCCCCCUGAUAUUCGCACAAAAGACGUGGAGGACGUGUUCUACAAAUACGGCACAAUCCGAGAUAUCGACCUGAAGAACCGGAGAGGGGGACCGCCUUUCGCCUUCAUUGAAUUCGAGGACCCAAGGGACGCAGAUGAUGCAGUCUAUGGACGUGAUGGAUAUGACUAUGACGGCUACAGGCUGCGUGUGGAGUUUCCUCGGAGCGGCAGGGGCUCGAGAGGCGGUUUCGGAGGGAUCGGUGGAGCUCCAAGGGGCAGAUAUGGUCCUCCAUCCAGACGCUCCGAGUACAGGGUCAUUGUGUCAGGACUCCCUCAGAGUGGCAGCUGGCAGGACCUGAAGGACCACAUGCGUGAAGCAGGCGACGUCUGCUAUGCUGACGUUUUCAGAGAUGGAACCGGGGUUGUAGAAUUUGUGCGCAAAGAAGACAUGACCUAUGCCGUUCGAAAGCUGGACAACACCAAAUUCCGCUCACAUGAGGGAGAGACUGCUUACAUUCGUGUGAAAUUAGACGGUCCCCGCAGCCCAAGUUAUGGAAGAUCACGCUCCCGCAGCCGUGGCAGUCGGAGCAGGAGCCGCAGUCGCAGCGCCAGUCGCAGCCGCAGCAAUUCCCGUGGUCGUGGCAGAGGAUCGCCCCGCUACUCGCCUCGUCACAGCCGCUCUCGCUCCCGUUCCUAAACCUUUCUACCACCGAUGUUUUGAUGUACACCCUCCUGUUUUUACCUCUUAUGAGUUUCUCCAGAUGUCAGCAGUUGAUUUUUAAUUUUUGCAUUUCAUGUCCCGAUGUCCUUGUGGAUGAUCUUGGUAUGUAGAUGUACCCCCUCCCUCCCCUCUUUCCCUCUCGCCCCUCCCUCUCCAGCUACUUUGUCCUUUUGUUUUCUCCCCCUCUCUCUCCCCCUUCUUUCUGUCCUCUCAAUUUUUGCAAUAUAAGAAAUUGUGCUGUGUUGAACUUCAAAAAUGUUGAGUUCGUAUAAGCUGCACUCAACUUUUUUGCAAGUAUUGAAAAUUGAGUUUUGUUUUUGUUUUGUUUUUUUGGGUUUUUUAAAAAAAACAUAGCUUCUCAUUGGAUAUGUGGGGUGGGCUGUUUGGACGGGGAGCCCAAUGCUUAACUGUAUUUUACCCUUGUGUCUUCCUUUAGACAUCUGAAGAGAAGGAUUAAAGUGAUUUGGAAUAAAA